AUGGCCGUUAUCCGUCUUGCUACGAUAUUCGCUUUUGCGUCCUUGUCCCUUUGUGCUGCCGCAUUGGACCUGCAUCAUCCAGGUCUCAAUGCCGUCCGCGGAGAGCAUGAAGCUCGCAGGCCGCAUCCCAUCACUACCAUCACCAUACCCUGGGUCGGGGUUUAUCCGACAGCAACGACCAUCACAGUAUGCGGCGGUACAACAGUUAUUGUGCAGAUCCCUCUGAUCAGUGAUUGCACCUCGUCUUCUUCGACAAGCUCAACGGCUCCCCCAACCACGUCUUCCAGCACCAAGCCUACUUCUUCCUCUACCACGUCUUCUACUACUCGGGGACCUACCUCAUCCUCUACGAGUUCAACUACCACUCGGAUACCUACGUCUUCCUCGACUACAUCCUCUUACACUGAGUCUACCUCUUCCUCGACCACAUCGUCUACUGUGCCUACCUCGUCCUCGACCACCUCCUCUUCCACUGAGCCUACCUCAUCCUCGACUACGUCGUCUACUACUGUUCCUACCUCAUCCUCGACCACCUCCUCUUCCACUGUUCCUACCUCUUCCUCAACUUCGUCGUCUUACACUGAGCCUACUUCUUCCUCGACUAAGUCGUCUACCACUAAGCCUACCUCUUCUUCGACCACAUCUUCUACUACUGUGCCUACCUCUUCCUCGACCAAGUCGUCUACCACUGAGCCUACCUCUUCGACAACCACAUCUUCUACCACUGUGCCUACCUCUUCCUCGACCAAGUCGUCUACCACUGAGCCUACCUCUUCGACAACCACAUCUUCUACCACUGUGCCUACCUCUUCCUCGACCAAGUCGUCUACCACUGAGCCUACCUCUUCGACAACCACAUCUUCUACCACUGUGCCUACCUCUUCCUCGACCAAGUCGUCUACCACUGAGCCUACCUCUUCGACAACCACAUCUUCUACCACUGUGCCUACCUCUUCCUCAACCACCACGUCUGUUCCAACAACAACAUCCACCCAAACUACCACCUCUUCUACCACUAAGCCAACGUCUUCUUCGACAACUUCUUCUACUACCGAGUCAAGCACUGGGUCUUCCUCAACUACCUCGUCUUCUUACACCGAGCCCACCUCGUCCUCUACCAUCUCUUCUACCACUUCCUCUACCACUGAGCCAACCUCGUCUUCCACUACCUCCUCCACCACCGAGUCUACCACUGAGCCUACCUCGUCUUCAACCACGUCUUCUUCCACUUCGGAGCCCACCUCUUCCUCAACCACCACGACUGUUCCAACGACAACAACAACAACAACAUCUACCCAAACUACCACCUCGAGCACGAUCACAUCUACCUCAACGACAUCUAUUCCCACGACCACCUCUAGCACGACCACUUCUAGCACAGCAUCGUCUAGCACGACCUCGUCUAGCAAGACUUCUUCCCGCACAACCACCUCUGAUACCACCUCGUCCAGCAAGACUUCUUCCCGCACAACCACCUCUGAUACCACCUCGUCCAGCAAGACUUCUUCCCGCACAACCUCUGACACGACAUCGUCAAGCAAGACCUCUUCCCGCACAACCACCUCUGACACCACCUCAUCUAGCAAGACCUCUUCUCGCACAACCACCUCUGAUACGACCUCGUCUAGCAAAACCUCUACCCGCACAACCUCUUCUAGCACAUAUUCCACCACCACCACCACCAUCCCAGUCCCAACACCCGGCGGCCCAUGCCCUGCCAUCAAGCCCGCCUGUGCCGCCGCCGGCCUCAACAUUGACUACUACCCCAACCCCUUCACCGGAUACAGCCGCCAGGACGGCCUCCCCUGGUCCUACUACAUCACGCAGAAGCUACGCCCGCUCGUCUCCUCCCUCACCAACGUCGCCUUCUUCCCGCAGGACACGGGCCCGCCCCCCAACCUCCGCAAGGUGUACCCCAGCGCGCAGUUCCCGAGCGCGUGGUACGCCGUCGGCUGGACCAAGCUCACCAACGGCGGCAUCAGCGUCGACGCCAACAACUUCACCCUCGUGUACUCGGGCUUCUACCGCGCCGCGGAGACGGGCCGCCACUCGCUGUGCACGACGGCGGACAAUGAGAAUGACGUCUUCUUCGGCCACGGCAACGCGUUUAGCUGCGUCGACGGCGCGACCGACACGCGCGUCAAGCCGCUGGUCGUGUCGACGGGCGGCAACUACCUCAACGGGCUCAAGUGUGCGGACGUGGACUUGGUCCGGGGCGCGUGGUACCCGCUGCGCAGCGUGGCGGGCAACUGGCAGGGACCGUCGGCGUUUAACCUGACGAUUAAGACGCCGAGCCAGUCGUUUGAGCAGCGUCGGAAUGACUUUUCAGGACAGGCGUAUCCUCGGAGCUGCGGAUUGUUUUUGUGA